UGAGGAGAUAGGCGGGAGCGAGGGAGCGAGGGAGGGAGCGAAGGAGGUAGAGAAGAGUGGAGGCGCCAGGGGAGGGAGCACAGCUUGGUUGCUCCGUAGUACGGCGGCUCGCGAGGAAGAAUCCCGAGCGGGCUCCAGGACGGACAGAGAGGCGGGCGGGGAUGGUGUGCGGGGCUGCGGCUCCUGCGUCGCUCCCCGCGGCGCGUGAGCGGCACUGAUUUGUCCCCGGGGCGGCAGCGCGGACCCGCCCGGAGAUGAGGCCGCCAUGUGAGACAUGCCUUUUGCCUUCCACCAUGAUUAUGAGGACUCCCCAGCCACCUGUAACUGCGUCGAUUAGCAAGGUAAAAGUAACAGAACCAUGGCUCAGUUUCCAACACCUUUUGGUGGCAGCCUGGAUAUCUGGGCCAUAACUGUAGAGGAAAGAGCGAAGCAUGAUCAGCAGUUCCAUAGUUUAAAGCCAAUAUCUGGAUUCAUUACUGGUGAUCAAGCUAGAAACUUUUUUUUUCAAUCUGGGUUACCUCAACCUGUUUUAGCACAGAUAUGGGCACUAGCUGACAUGAAUAAUGAUGGAAGAAUGGAUCAAGUGGAGUUUUCCAUAGCUAUGAAACUUAUCAAACUGAAGCUACAAGGAUAUCAGCUACCCUCUGCACUUCCGCCUGUCAUGAAACAGCAACCAGUUGCUAUUUCUAGCGCACCAGCAUUUGGUAUGGGAGGUAUCGCCAGCAUGCCACCGCUUACAGCUGUUGCUCCAGUGCCAAUGGGAUCCAUUCCAGUUGUUGGAAUGUCUCCAACCCUAGUAUCUUCUGUUCCCACAGCAGCUGUGCCCCCCCUGGCUAACGGGGCUCCCCCUGUUAUACAACCUCUGCCUGCAUUUGCUCAUCCUGCAGCCACAUUGCCAAAGAGUUCUUCCUUUAGUAGAUCUGGUCCAGGGUCACAACUAAACACUAAAUUACAAAAGGCACAGUCAUUUGAUGUGGCCAGUGUCCCACCAGUGGCAGAAUGGGCUGUUCCUCAGUCAUCAAGACUGAAAUACAGGCAAUUAUUCAAUAGUCAUGACAAAACUAUGAGUGGACACUUAACAGGCCCCCAAGCAAGAACUAUUCUUAUGCAAUCAAGUUUGCCACAGGCUCAGCUGGCUUCAAUAUGGAAUCUUUCUGACAUUGAUCAAGAUGGAAAACUUACAGCAGAAGAAUUUAUCCUGGCAAUGCACCUCAUUGAUGUAGCUAUGUCUGGCCAAUCACUGCCACCUGUCCUGCCUCCAGAAUACAUUCCACCUUCUUUUAGAAGAGUUCGAUCUGGCAGUGGUAUAUCUGUCAUAAGCUCAACAUCUGUAGAUCAGAGGCUACCAGAGGAACCAGUUUUAGAAGACGAACAACAACAAUUAGAAAAGAAAUUACCUGUAACGUUUGAAGAUAAGAAGCGGGAGAACUUUGAACGUGGCAACCUGGAACUGGAGAAACGAAGGCAAGCUCUCCUGGAACAGCAGCGCAAGGAGCAGGAGCGCCUGGCCCAGCUGGAGCGGGCAGAGCAGGAGAGGAAGGAGCGUGAGCGCCAGGAGCAAGAGCGCAAAAGACAACUGGAACUGGAGAAGCAACUGGAAAAGCAGCGGGAGCUAGAACGGCAGAGAGAGGAGGAGAGGAGGAAAGAAAUUGAGAGGCGAGAGGCUGCAAAACGGGAACUUGAAAGGCAACGACAACUUGAGUGGGAACGGAAUCGAAGGCAAGAACUACUAAAUCAAAGAAACAAAGAACAAGAGGACAUAGUUGUACUGAAAGCAAAGAAAAAGACUUUGGAAUUUGAAUUAGAAGCUCUAAAUGAUAAAAAGCAUCAACUAGAAGGGAAACUUCAAGAUAUCAGAUGUCGAUUGACCACCCAAAGGCAAGAAAUUGAGAGCACAAACAAAUCUAGAGAGUUGAGAAUUGCUGAAAUCACCCAUCUACAGCAGCAAUUACAGGAAUCUCAGCAAAUGCUUGGAAGACUUAUUCCAGAAAAACAGAUACUCAAUGACCAAUUAAAACAAGUUCAGCAGAACAGUUUGCACAGAGAUUCACUUGUUACACUUAAAAGAGCCUUAGAAGCAAAAGAACUAGCUCGGCAGCAGCUACGAGACCAACUGGAUGAAGUGGAGAAAGAAACUAGAUCAAAACUACAGGAGAUUGAUAUUUUCAAUAAUCAGCUGAAGGAACUAAGAGAAAUACACAAUAAGCAACAACUCCAGAAGCAAAAAUCCAUGGAGGCUGAACGACUGAAACAGAAAGAACAAGAGCGAAAGAUCAUAGAAUUAGAAAAACAAAAAGAAGAAGCCCAAAGACGAGCUCAGGAAAGGGACAAGCAGUGGCUGGAGCAUGUGCAGCAGGAGGACGAGCAUCAGAGACCAAGAAAACUCCACGAAGAGGAAAAACUGAAAAGGGAGGAGAGUGUCAAAAAGAAGGAUGGCGAGGAAAAAGGCAAACAGGAAGCACAAGACAAGCUGGGUCGGCUCUUCCAUCAACACCAAGAACCAGCUAAGCCAGCUGUCCAGGCACCCUGGUCCACUGCAGAAAAAGGUCCACUUACCAUUUCUGCACAGGAAAAUGUAAAAGUGGUGUAUUACCGGGCACUGUACCCCUUUGAAUCCAGAAGCCAUGAUGAAAUCACUAUCCAGCCAGGAGACAUAGUCAUGGUUAAAGGGGAAUGGGUGGAUGAAAGCCAAACUGGAGAACCCGGCUGGCUUGGAGGAGAAUUAAAAGGAAAGACAGGGUGGUUCCCUGCAAACUAUGCAGAGAAAAUCCCAGAAAAUGAGGUUCCCGCUCCAGUGAAACCAGUGACUGAUUCAACAUCUGCCCCUGCCCCCAAACUGGCCUUGCGUGAGACCCCCGCCCCUUUGGCAGUAACCUCUUCAGAGCCCUCCACGACCCCUAAUAACUGGGCCGACUUCAGCUCCACGUGGCCCACCAGCACGAAUGAGAAACCAGAAACAGAUAACUGGGAUGCAUGGGCAGCCCAGCCCUCUCUCACCGUUCCAAGUGCCGGCCAGUUAAGGCAGAGGUCCGCCUUUACUCCAGCCACAGCCACUGGCUCCUCCCCGUCUCCUGUGCUAGGCCAGGGUGAAAAGGUGGAGGGGCUACAAGCUCAAGCCCUAUAUCCUUGGAGAGCCAAAAAAGACAACCACUUAAAUUUUAACAAAAAUGAUGUCAUCACCGUCCUGGAACAGCAAGACAUGUGGUGGUUUGGAGAAGUUCAAGGUCAGAAGGGUUGGUUCCCCAAGUCUUACGUGAAACUCAUUUCAGGGCCCAUAAGGAAGUCUACAAGCAUGGAUUCUGGUUCUUCAGAGAGUCCUGCCAGUCUAAAGCGAGUAGCCUCUCCAGCAGCCAAGCUGGUCGUUUCGGGAGAAGAAUUUAUUGCCAUGUACACUUACGAGAGUUCUGAGCAAGGAGAUUUAACCUUUCAGCAAGGGGAUGUGAUUUUGGUUACCAAGAAAGAUGGUGACUGGUGGACAGGAACAGUGGGCGACAAGGCCGGAGUCUUCCCUUCUAACUAUGUGAGGCUUAAAGAUUCAGAGGGCUCUGGAACUGCUGGGAAAACAGGGAGUUUAGGAAAAAAACCUGAAAUUGCCCAGGUUAUUGCCUCAUACACCGCCACCGGCCCCGAGCAGCUCACUCUCGCCCCUGGUCAGCUGAUUUUGAUCCGAAAAAAGAACCCAGGUGGAUGGUGGGAAGGAGAGCUGCAAGCACGUGGGAAAAAGCGCCAGAUAGGCUGGUUCCCAGCUAAUUAUGUAAAGCUUCUAAGCCCUGGGACGAGCAAAAUCACUCCAACAGAGCCACCUAAGUCAACAGCAUUAGCGGCAGUGUGCCAGGUGAUUGGGAUGUACGACUACACCGCGCAGAAUGACGAUGAGCUGGCCUUCAACAAGGGCCAGAUCAUCAACGUCCUCAACAAGGAGGACCCUGACUGGUGGAAAGGAGAAGUCAAUGGACAAGUGGGGCUCUUCCCAUCCAAUUAUGUGAAGCUGACCACAGACAUGGACCCAAGCCAGCAAUGGUGUUCAGACUUACAUCUCUUGGAUAUGUUGACCCCAACUGAAAGAAAGCGACAAGGAUACAUCCACGAGCUCAUUGUCACCGAGGAGAACUAUGUGAAUGACCUGCAGCUGGUCACAGAGAUUUUUCAAAAACCCCUGAUGGAGUCUGAGCUGCUGACAGAAAAAGAGGUUGCUAUGAUUUUUGUGAACUGGAAGGAGCUGAUUAUGUGUAAUAUCAAACUACUGAAAGCGCUGAGAGUCCGCAAGAAGAUGUCCGGGGAGAAGAUGCCUGUGAAGAUGAUUGGUGACAUCCUGAGCGCACAGCUGCCGCACAUGCAGCCCUACAUCCGCUUCUGCAGCCGCCAGCUCAACGGGGCUGCCCUGAUCCAGCAGAAGACGGACGAGGCCCCAGACUUCAAGGAGUUCGUCAAAAGAUUGGCAAUGGAUCCUCGGUGUAAAGGGAUGCCACUCUCUAGUUUUAUACUGAAGCCUAUGCAACGGGUAACAAGAUACCCACUGAUCAUUAAAAAUAUCCUGGAAAACACCCCUGAAAACCACCCGGACCACAGCCACUUGAAGCACGCCCUGGAGAAGGCGGAAGAGCUCUGUUCCCAGGUGAACGAAGGGGUGCGGGAGAAGGAGAACUCUGACCGGCUGGAGUGGAUCCAGGCCCAUGUGCAGUGUGAAGGCCUGUCUGAGCAACUUGUGUUCAAUUCAGUGACCAAUUGCUUGGGGCCGCGCAAAUUUCUGCACAGUGGGAAGCUCUACAAGGCCAAGAGCAACAAGGAGCUGUAUGGCUUCCUUUUCAACGACUUCCUCCUGCUGACUCAGAUCACGAAGCCCUUGGGGUCUUCUGGCACCGACAAAGUCUUCAGCCCCAAAUCAAACCUGCAGUAUAAAAUGUAUAAAACACCUAUUUUCCUAAAUGAGGUUCUAGUAAAAUUACCCACCGACCCUUCUGGAGACGAGCCCAUCUUCCACAUCUCCCACAUUGACCGCGUCUAUACUCUCCGAGCAGAAAGCAUAAAUGAAAGGACUGCCUGGGUGCAGAAAAUCAAAGCUGCUUCUGAACUCUACAUAGAGACUGAGAAAAAGAAGCGCGAGAAAGCGUACCUGGUCCGUUCCCAAAGGGCAACAGGCAUUGGAAGGUUGAUGGUGAACGUGGUUGAAGGCAUUGAGUUGAAACCCUGUCGGUCACAUGGAAAGAGCAACCCGUACUGUGAGGUGACCAUGGGUUCCCAGUGCCACAUCACCAAGACGAUCCAGGACACUCUGAACCCCAAGUGGAAUUCCAACUGCCAGUUCUUCAUCCGAGACCUGGAGCAGGAAGUCCUCUGCAUCACUGUGUUCGAGAGGGACCAGUUCUCACCAGAUGAUUUUUUGGGUCGGACGGAGAUCCGCGUGGCGGACAUCAAGAAAGACCAGGGCUCCAAAGGUCCAGUUACGAAGUGUCUUCUGCUGCACGAAGUCCCCACGGGAGAGAUUGUGGUCCGCUUGGACCUGCAGUUGUUUGAUGAGCCGUAGGCAGCGGGCUCAGGGUGUGCUCAGCAGGGUCCCAGCCCACGGCCACACAUGCUGUCUGGAAAUUGUAUUCCUUUUCUAAGAAACCACCAUUUGGUAUUCAGUCACAGGGAUAUGGGACGGCAAAGACAGGCCCCUCAAAGCUCCUAGGAAUCAUUCUCAACAAUCCUCCCUGCCCCGAAACAAUUUCCUGUUUUAUGAAACAAAGCUGUGUUUUCCUUUGUCCUCACUACAGGUCUCAUUAUGGCUUCUAGGGUCGCUGAAAUCCCAUAGCCCUCAACAGGGUGCAGCUGGGAGUCCAGCCCCUUCCCGGGCUUGAGGGAUGGGUCUGGUUACUAUAAAAUAGAUUUAUAAAUGCAAUGUCUAUAUUUUUGGAGAACUCAUUUAACCCUCCUGUUUCUUACAUCCACCAGUCCCCAAGUAGACUUCUUGGCCUACAAUGCCCAGUCCUUGGUGUGAGUUUAGAAACAAUUAUGACGGUCCUGUCAUUGCUUCAGAAUCCCAUCUCUCCUGCAGGGAAAUGCUGCCUAGAGCUGAUCACUUGGUGAGACGGUCUGAUCAGGCCCUGGCUUAGCUCUUUGAAGAGCUGGUCUAUGGAAGUUUCUAGCAUGUGCGCCGUUAUAGCCGUUCCUUCCCCCUCUAGGCCUUGUAUUAAUAUAUGUCAAUGAAAACACACUGGCGUAUAGUUGCGUGGAUUCAGUUCUGAUUCCCAGCAUGUUUGGAAUAUGGUCACAGAAAGUCAUUAUCUAAAAAGUCACCCCUCUGCUGGAUCAGAUCACUACAGGUCACUGGAAAGGCAACUUUACAAUGUUGGGUCACUGGGUCUUGGUCGGCAGCCAUGUUGGAAAAAUCUCUUUUGGCUUGGAGGCCCUGUGAUAUUUCAUAGCAGCAGUCGUUGCUGGUGACCUGUUCUGUGCUUGAAUGUGCUGAAUCCUGAUUGUCGUAGGACAUUUCAACAGCUCUCUUUGGUACGUUCCCCAAAAAGCCAUGUCCUAGAUCCCCAAGGCGUGAAAAGGAAAAAUAUCAAGCUAGAGGUUGGGAAAGAAAAUGAAGGCAGUCCAUUAUGUGGUGGGUGAAAGACCCUAGGAGGAUGCAAACCCCGCACAUCCUGGGGCAAAGACCUAAGACACUUUUCCACCCUCCACCACCCCAACCUCACGUAAUAUGCUUGUUGCAAGAGUCAGGACUUUAUGACUAUGUGCCAAGCUGUUUGGUUUGAGUUCUUUAAUUUUUUUUUCCCUUAAAUGCCAGGAGAUCAUCUGGUUAGUUAGAUAGUAACUUGAUUUGCUAAUGAAAAGUGGGGGCCGUGUUUUGUUUGCAUGUUAAUAUUCUCAUAAUCCUAGUUUGUUGUGGUCAUGAAAUGUCCUUUGCAUGUUCUGUUGGUACUGGAGUCUAGCUUUCCUGUACUAGAUGGUGUUCUCUUUGAUUGUAGGUGCUUAGACUUUAAUUAGGGUUAUCAAAGUGCUUUCUAAAUGAUAGCAUCAGCUUUGUGGCAGAGUGCCCCCUUUGCUGGGAACUGAAUGUGUAGUGUUAUAAUUUCCCAUGAGAGCCCAGUCAUACUUCAAGCAAUUUUUUUUAAAGUGUGUGUUGGAAAGGACAACAAAGUUUACAUUUCAUACUUUUAAGAAAUACUUUAUUAUUUAUUUAUUGAAGAUAGUGUAGAAUUUUGUAUCAAGAACAACAGACAUAAGUAUUUUUUGAAACAAGCAAAUAUACCCUGUAGUUAGAAACUUUCAACUGAACAUGUUAGAGACCAAGUUUAACUUCAGGCAUGCAUUUGUUUACCAUUUCCCAGCAGAAAACAUGGUUAAAAUACUUUGUUUAUAUUUUUUGAUGUUGUUAAGAAACUUUUAAAUUAAAUCUAUAAAUAGACAUGCAACUCAUGCUUUCCUAUUUCUAUAACCAAUACCGUUUGUUCAGUGUAUUUAUGAAAGAUAUGCUACCAUGGUAGAAAGAAAAGUAUUCAAUGUGUAAAUGGGGUAGUGUGGGUCACCAUUCCGAUCUCUUUUUGUUUUCUGUCCUGUCUUUUCUUCAUUGACUUUAUUUGCGUGUUAAUGUUGGACAUCAUUGUUCAUGUAGGUAGCGUAUGGUAUGCACAAUGACAAACAAUUGUUUUAGGUCCCAGGUCACCCACUCAUAGUGUCCUAUUAUUGGAAUUAAUGUAGCAUGAGAAAGCAAUAUGUGACUCUUUUUCCUCAAGUGACUCUGUUGAGCAUCCUUGAGAUGCUCCUGCCGUGUAGCAAGUUCUGGAUUAGUGUCCUUGUAUUUACUGGUGUAAUUUGUAAUGUAACCAAUCGUCCGUAUGGAGGAGUCGGGCUGGCCAUCGGACCCAGCUGUGAUUCAUGAGUUGUGUCAUGGGGAUUGAGAAACAUGGGUGAUGCAUGGAGUCUCAAACCGUUGGGCCUCUCUGUUCCUUCACCUCUACCUUCUUGACCAUCUGGGCUAUAUUUCAUAGAAAUUAAAUGCUCCUUGCCAACAAGGAGUCUGUCUCCUAGCUCUUUGUUUUCUAAAUAUAGGAGUUCUCUAGGCCACUGCAUCCCAGCAUCCUGAUCCCAGCCUUUUAGACACCCCUGCAAGCGUUCCUCUGCUCUGAGCCACACUGCUAGCUCCUCCUGCACACUCUGAUCUCCUUUAGCCCAAGCUGUCCUGGUCAUAGGGUUAUGCUGUAACCCUCAGUCUUCCCAGAGAACUGAACUAUCCUGGGACCUCUUGGGCUGAGCCUUCUUCACAGAGCAGUUCUCUAGAAGGGAGAGUCCACAUCCUGGUCCCUCUGGGGCAGGGCCUGUCUGGCUGCUGGCAUCACCCUGGCAGGUGGAUGGACAGCAUCAUCUCCUGGAACCAGGUUUGCUGAGACCAUGAGAGCCUGAAGAUGUGGCUCAUUCGGAUCCAGGCCUGGACUAAUCUGGAAAGAGGGACUUUCUAGGUGCAGGUUACCAGGGAUGCUUGAGAAACUAGAGCCAGACUUCCUUGUUUGUUUGGAUAAUAUGUUCCUGUCCUCUGGUAGCAGAGGAAAGAGCUCUGCUCCCAAAGAACAUUCAUGUAAGAGGAGGCAUUUUUUUCUUCUUUGCUUUUUUUAAACAACCUAAAGUAUGACCUAAGUGUAUGAAACUAACUGAUUUCGUCGGGUAGAGUAGCCCUGAAUUUAACUGGGGAAAAAAUCCCAUCAGAAUAUGAGUAAAUUGACCACCCACAUUAAGUCUUAUCUCGGUGACCUGGUACCAAAGCCCAGGUGUCCUCCAGGGGAGUAUUCUGGGGUGGCAGGGGGAUUAGGUGCUAGCGCCAGCAGGGAAGGACACUUGCAGGUCUGCCUUCCAAGGCUGAGCAGGCCGGCUGUCUCUCCAGGAACUGGCUAGGACAAGUGUAAAGCCACUGACCACACAGAACCAGGAUGUUCUAGAAUCUGAUGGGGCUGAAGAUGAAGGGAGAAAUGGACAAGGCACUUCUGGCUUUAUUGAAAAGGUGAAGCUCUUGGAGUAUAUUUUAGAGUAGGCCAGUACCUUGUAUAAGCAGAAAAAGACUCCUCUAUCUCCCCUCCAAGUCGUUUUUUUCUAGUUGAUUGGGCCUUUUUGAUUGAUAAGAAGAAAAUGUGUUUUGUACAUGUAACAACUUUAAGAAUUUCCAUUGGAAACAGAAAGUAUGAUUUGAUUUGAUUUGAUUUCUAAAUUCUCCCUUCCUUUUCAAGGUUAGCAAUGUGCUUUAUAGCAGACAGUAGCGCUUUUACAUGAAUACCUGGUGUGCUUUGGAUGUAACAGGGUCAUUUCGGGCUCGAGGUGAGUGCACAAUUAGCAGCGGGUCUGCUUGGACCAGAUACGCUUGUUUACAAGUUUAGAGCAUCCUAUGCCAGAAAGUGAGAUGAAAACAAAGGCACCUGGAUGGCUUUGUUUUGCUUUUAGAUAAAAGAGCUUUAGCUCACACCAGGCAGAAGCAUAACCAGUAGCCCCAGAAACCGGUAGCAUGAUGAAGCCCUCAGACAGUAUAGUCUGAGCCACCAUAAGAGGCAUUAGGGAAAACUAACACCUCCUUCUUUUUGCACCGUGGGGUGCUGAAAUUCCUGCUAGAGACUUCCCCUUAAUUUCAUGAAUGGCCCAGGGGCUGCUUAUUAUAUCAUUAGAAUGUUCAUUCUCCUCCUUUUCCCUGGAGUGGACCAGUGAGACCAAAUGCUUGUGUUUCUCUAUGUUUUCAGUUCAUUUGUUCAAAUGACACAGAAGAUGAAUCCAUUUCUGGGAAGGCUGAGCUCAGAUGAGGAUUGCUAGGCCAGCCUAGGUUCUGGGGCGGAUCUCAGGGACAGAAACAGCCUUGUAUUAAGUAUGAGUGGCAGGUACUUCUCUAGAACAGCCCUAACCUGCACUAGUGAGGGGGGCUCAGGAAUUCCCAUGACAUUGAUCUAGCAGCCUCCUGCACGUAGACACUCAGUUCAUUUUAGGGACGUUCAAUGCUUGAUCAAAUGGGGGCAUUUUCUUUCUUUCUUUUUUCCCCCAGCUACAGUGUAAUUGCCUACCUGCCUGGGCCCCUUCUAGAGGAAGGUGGGCUUUCCUUGUCCGUCAGGCUGCACUCAUGAGGUGAUAUCGUAAAGCAGCAGAAAGACUGAGGGUGCAAAGAAACCACAGCUGCCAUUCACGGGGCAGCUCCCUCUAGCUCUUCUGCCCAGUGACCUUACAGGCUUUAGAGGAGCCUGAUGAGAGCUAUCCUGGGGGCCAAGGGAUGCAUUCCCUGCAGCUUCCUCCUGGGGGACCCACAGGUCAGCCCAUUCCAGGAGAAGCAGUCUUAGGCCCGUUUGCAUCCCCUGCCACUGCCAUGUGCCUGCCAGCCCGGUUUCUGAUGAAGACGUGGCUCAGUCCCUGCUCUCCUUGUCGCAGUGGCUUGUACUUCAUGUGCAGUAGCCCAGGGCCCGCCUUCUAGAGUGAAUGUUUCCCUCGAGCCCUUGGAUAUUUUUAUUCUAUUUUGAAUGGUUCCGAUCAAUUAAUGUUGCUUUGUGUGGGGUUCUUCAGAGAAAUAAUGCAAACCGGCCAGGUGCGGUGGCUCACGCCUGUAAUCCCAACACUUUGAGGGGCUGAGGCAGGUGGAUCACCUGAGGUCAGGAGUUCGAGACCAGCCUGGCCAACGUGGCGAAACCUUGUCUCUACUAAAAAUACAAAAAUUAGCCAGGGGUGGUGGCAGGCACCUGUAAUCCCAGCUUCUCAGGAGGCUGAGGCAGGAGAAUCACUCGAACCUGGGAGGCAGAGGUUGCAGUGAGCCGAGAUCACGCCACUGCACUCCAGCCUGGGUAACAGAGCGAGAGUCCUUCUCAAAACAAACAAAAAAAGAGCUAAUGCAGACCUCUUCUGGUUAGACCUGACAGGGAGGAAGUAAUUGGUUGGUCAACUUAAUGGCGCCCCACAGCUUCCUCUGGAUCCUGCUUCUUUGUGCUUGGAACACAGUUUAUUUGAGCUAGAGGAAAGGAAAGUUCUAGAAUUCCUGUUUCCUCAGCCUGCACUGUAUCAGAUCCAGGAUAUGUCUGCAUUUCAUCAGGAUCAAGUAAGAUACAUAACCUUAUAUCUGUAGGAGCCAGAAAAAAAAAUCUAUUCCUGAUAGGCAUGGAAACUUAGUCCACAUGAAAGACAGAAGACAUCUAACAGCUGUCUGUCUUGGGAGCAUUAAAACCCAGACACCAAGACACACUAGACAGUCCAUCUCUGGGUUGUGAUCUCUCAGAAACAUCUUAGUAGUUAAUGCACUGUUCAUUUAGGGAGUCCCCAUCCUGGUCCAGGCCACCCUCCUAGAAGCUGGGUGGCAGCUGGACGGGCCUGCCUUGGUGGCAUUCAAGCAAGCCUAAUUGGAUUAGGUUGGUGCAAAAGUGAUUGCGGUUUUUGCCAUUGCUUUUAAUGGCAAACUAACUUUAAGUCAUUAAAAUAAGACCCAACGCUUAUAAAAGAGUUCAUAUCCACCUCCCAAUAACUUCUUUAGUUCCAUGCAGCCUCAAUCAGUUCCUCCAUUCAAAGGAACCCUCUUUACCCUGGCCCUGGGGGAGCCGUAUUACACCCACAUCAUAAUUUUUCUGACACUAUGUGUGCUUGUCAAAUUUCAGGGUCAGUUUCCCCUUAUUGGAUGUCAGGGGUGUUUUGUGAGUUGUGUUUUAAUAGGAUUCUGUUCGAUUUUCUAUACCAGCCUAUAUUGUUACUAUCAUCUGCCUAGUAUGAAUAUUUUAGUAUUCAAAGCCCACCAGAUAAAGCUGUGUUCAGAAGUGGACUUAUUUGGUCAGCCUUGAAAAAAAAAAAUCAGCGUUUCUCUGAUAUUUCCUGAGGAUUAACCAGAAACUAAGGUUUCUUUUUAGGCAGUGGUAAGAAUGCAUAUUUUCUUCUUCCAGAAGUUCUGGUUUUAUACUUUUAUCUUUUGAAAGAAUAACAUUCCUGUGCGACUCUGCUUCUCUUCGCUUUUGCAUUUCUCUUUUUUAACUCAAAUCUCUUAUUUCCUGCCGUUCCUGUAUCUAAACAGAAUGGGGGCCUCAGGCAGACAGGAACCAAAGAAAGGGUGUAGUGGCUUUGCAGCGCUGGGUGAGCAGCAGCCGCUGCCAUUCUGUGCACUGUCACCGGCGGGGGUGGAGGGUCUCCCUGUAGGAGGAGGAAACUCGCUGUUUUCACUGGCAGAUUUCAAGGUGCCGGCUCCACCUACCGCAGCUGCUAGGCAUUGCUCUUGUGUAGAUCGCAGAAGGAGUUAUUGGUGAUGUGGGGUGUAGGGGAAGACAGGAAAACGGACUCAGAGCUAGGAAUGUGGGCCUGGCAGAGACCGAAGGCUGGGUGGGAAGGAAGCUCGCGGCGAGCCUAGGGUUCGAGCCUAGCGCGCCAGGGGUCUCCAGUGAGACCUUGCUCUUCCCUGCCGCUGAGGCUGGGGCUGCACGAAGGUCCUCAGCCUUCCCACCCUUUCUGCAUCAGCUUUAGUGUCUGUCGGCUGGGUGGACUGCAGGGCAGGUGACCUGGAGGAGGCCCUGCUCCCCAGCAAGCGUUCUAGGAGUUACGGUGUGCUCUAUUGGGAUUGGAUUACAGUCUCUACUUGUAGACUUUGACUUCUGGAAUUUUAGGUGGAAGGGAAUUUUUGUUGGUGGGACGCAGCAGCUCAGUGCGUGGUGUGUGCAUGCGUGUUUGUGUGUGUGCAUGUGUUUGUGUGUGCACGUGUGCGUGUGUGUAUGCGUGGGUUUGCGUGCAUGCGUGUAUGUGUACGUGCAUGUGUGUGUGUGCAUGUGUGUGCGUGUGUGUCUACGUGUGUGUGCACGCUUGUGUGUAUGUGUGCGUGUGUGCAUGUUUGUGUGCGUGCAUGUGUGCGUGUGUGCGUGUUUGUGUGUGUGCGUGUGUGUGUGCGUGUGGGUAUGUGCGUGCAUGCAUGUGCAUGUUUGUGUGUGCAUGCAUAUGUGUGCGCGUGCGUGUGUGCGCAUGCGUGUGUACCUACCCACACCUGGGGGGAUGCAUGGCUCUGUGCCUUGGAGAGGGAAACAGGAAAUACGUUGCUCCACAGUCCUGUCAUCCUGGUCAGGACUAGUCGCGUGGUUUGCAGACAGCGUGCAAAAUGAAAAUGCGAGGCACCUUGUUCAGGUGAUGAAGCAUUUCUAGACAGUGACAGGAGAGCAUUAAGCCAAGCUCAGGUCCCUUCUGAGUGCAUGGCCCCUUGUGGCUGCCAGGCAGCACACCCGGGAGGCCGGCCCUGACCACACUGUUCUCUGCUGGUUCCCAAAGCCGAUGGGCUCUGUCUUAGGUCUUACUUUGAAAGGUCUCCCGGCAGGCUGUGGCAAGCUGGGCGGAUACACUUUUCUAAACGUCUGCAUUUAUUUCCUAAAAGCACAAACGGCCUGGACUAGCUAGUGGGUGUGGAACUGAGCCCCUAGUUCACAGCUGUACCCCAAGGCUGGAGAGAGGGUUGCCGGUGGUGGCAGGAGCUCUGGGCUCCCAGUUCAGGAUGGGCCACAGGGCGUCAAGCAGCUGUGAGCCUUUACCAUUGAGCUCACUGCUUGGAAAUAAAACCCUUCCUCUGGGCCUUGGGCAUCCACCGGGAGCUUUUCUCCCCUUUCCUGGGAGGACAGCAAGCCUUUUCCAACCUUCUGCCUUCAAAGAGAAGCAGGGUCAUAGAAGUGCUCAGUGUCCCUUCCCCAGUGGCUGGACACUUGCUCCUCCAGCCUUCACCCCCUGGAGAGAAGGGGAGUCUGCGGAGCCAGUGCCUCCCUGCCCAGCUGGGCCACACGAUCUGGUCUGCAGGUGUCUGGGAGGAACCUGCUUCAGAGAGGCUGCGACCUCCCAGCUAGACUCUCCCCUUAGGAUCCCAUGUAUGGGGAUGGUAGGAGAGAAAAGAUCCCUCUGUGUAAGUAGCCUCAAGUUCUAGAAGACCAUGGCACCGGGAGGCAGCUGACCAUGAAGCUGGGCUUCCUGUUGUUGCUUUCUUUCACGAGCUUUUACUUUUCCUGGGCUGGACGCUCCAAAAUGUUUGCAGUUCCAUUUGCUUUUUGCAAGUAGGUCCCCAUCUCCACAUACAUUAAGCAAUAAUUCUCACUAUGUUUCCUGAUUCUGUCUGGGAUUACAUUUGCUAAGUAAAAAUGUUGACAGAAAUUGCAAACUCAUCUCACCUGGAUUUGAUUGAGUCACCUUGAAUGACAUAACAAAUUAUGGCUUUGUUUUCAUGCGUCAUGCAAUCUUCCGGACUACGGGAAGUUCUGCAAGUGUUCUCCAGGGGCAUUUCAUUAAUAGCGUGUCAGCAUUAGUUUUAAUGAAUGAACAUUUGAGGUACAUUCUAUAAAUCAAUAUCCUUAAAAUGUCAUCUGCUAAACAUUCACUGUGACAGAAAGUAGAUAUUUUAGCAAGAUCUAUGUUAAUGCUACUUAAUUUUAGACAUGCAUUUAAAGCCUACAUGGCCAAUAGCCCAAGUAUCUUUGAACUGUGUAAUCAACCUCAGAUCUCAUCUGCUGUAGCCCCGCAAGCCGGAGUCUGUGCCCUCCAUGACCCUUCUUAUCCCUUGGUGGCCCUGCAUAGAUAGGGGAGUUGGCCCCUGCCCACCCUGUGUUGUAUUGCCUUAGCUCCAUCAGCUUUGUACCCUCACACGUAUAGGUGGUGAACUUAUGUGUAAAUACAUGUGUACAGAUGAGAAACUGCAACAAAAAUGUCCUGUGGAUGAUAAUCAGCUCAGUUUCCGGUUUUCUACAUUCUGUGCUGUUUCCAGCUAAGAAAAAGGCGAACUCCCACUAUAUAAAGGGAAAAGGUUGUAUUCAUUUCGUGUUCCUCAUGAAAUCUCUGCUGUAUGUUUAUGGAAUGGCCAUGACUAAAUGUAUAUAUGGUAUGUAAGAGGCCAUGCUGUUAAAUGUUGCAUAAACUAACACAGAUUCUGUAGUCAAAAAUAUUUAACUUGUUAUUGUAAAAUGUGAUUUGUCAUUGAGAGAUUAUUUUUCUGUAUGUAUAUGAGAGUAUUUUAGGAAUCUAAUUUAAGUGCAUAAAACUAUAGAAAAAAAUUUAAAACCUAUUCCAAGAGUAGAAAAUGCUUAAUCAGAUUACUUGGGUUCAACUCAACUAAAUUUCUUAUAUUAAAAAAAAUUCCAAGUUGUAUAUGUUAGAAAUCAAAGGAGUCAUUUUUUUUCCUGCAGGAAAUAUAAUAAAUUUCAGUGUAAUGGGUGGUGGCGUGAUCAGAUGAAAAGUAUCCUGUAGCUAUGACCUCGCAUGGGACCUUGGUGUUGCAUUAAAAAUUGAUUUUUGCAGAUCACAUAUCUGAGAGGGUACUUGUGUCAGGAAGGAUGAGAGGAUAGGGAGCCUGUUUUUCAUCAGAUCCAUGUGCCACGCAGGCUUCCUUGGGUUCUAGUGGAUUUGUUAGGGAUCUGGGGCUGACGCAGCUAUCCCACUAGAGAGGCCACUCUCUGACUUCCAGGUCGCCCUUUCUACUUCUGUAUCUGGAUUGAUUCAGUUUAUCCCUAAUUAGCGUUUGCGUUUUCCAUGAAAUUUCCUGAUGCAUCCUCACUGUCUUCAACUGUUGCACAGCCAGGUGGGUGGAUGGAUGGUUUAGGGUUUCUGAGUUAAGCCGUUUUGGGGCAGGCUUCUGGAUGCCCAUGUUUCCAUGGAGACCCCAGGGGGAAGAUGCCUUCCUCCCCUCUGCAUUCCCAGAAAAGGAUCAGGAGUCCAGGCUGCUUCUGGGGCACAGACUUUCUGUACUUGGCCACCAGAAGUGCCCCUUAGGCCACCUAAGGAGGAUUCUGUGAAACUCAAUGUCUAAACCCCUGAGAGAGGCAUUCAGAAAUGAUUUCAGGAGGGGGCAAUCCCAGGAGUCCAGCCUCCCCUGGCAGCCUGGAAAUACUGCAGUAACAAAAAGAGCUGGUUUCUGGUGAUCUGAAUGCAUCGUGUUUGGGGGUGACACCGCUGGUGGAAGGUUGAGGGCCUGUGGUCUGAAAAGACAUCUGAAGAAUGUGUUAGGUUUUCAACAUUUCUUUGAACAGGCUGCGUGCAUCUUAAUGCUGUCAACCAGCAACUGGAGCCCCUUUUUUGAGAGGCCCGAACCAGUAAAGCUGCUGACUUCAGGAGUAUGGGAAGCUGUGAUUUCUGGAAGCUUCCUGGAAUCUAUUUAGGUGUAUGAAUAAUCUGCAAAUCACUUAGAGGCACUGUCCAUGUGGUCCAUAACUGGCUUUAUUCCCAAAGAUGGAGCUGUUCAGAGAUUUCUUUGUUCAGGCGCAGCCUUGGAAGGCCACCUAAGGCCUGCCAGCAGAGGAGAUGAGCUCUGGUCUACCAACCCCAAACAGGCCCUGACUCUCCUUCCUUAGAACGAUGCCCUCUGGCUGGGGUGGCAAGAGGGCUGUGAGUGGAAACAAGUCAGCCAGUCAACUGUCCCUUGGGCCUUGGUUGUUUCAAAAAAGUCUGGGGACAAGAAAAGCUAGAACAUGGGGCCCUCCCUUCCCAGGAGUGCUAGGGAACCCUCCCAGAUAGCCUUUGCCUGUUUGGAAAAGAAUGUAAUCCAUCAAAACGUGAGCUCCUUGUGCUUCCAGUGACAAGCGGGCCACAGUGCUGGUGGCAUGUUGCUUCCCUCACAGCCCUGCCCAGGGGUAGGACCAGGCCCGCCCCUUGAUGGAUGUGCUGUUGAUCGUAAUAUACUUCUGUUGCCAAAUAAUGGUACUGUUUAAUUUUCCAUAAAAGAGAGACUAUAUUGUCUGAUAUGUAAUGUUAAUGGAAUUCUAAGAAUUACUAGACACUAUUAUAAAUUGUAGACUUACGUAUUUGUCUAAGGGUUUGAUGAAGCAGGGCCAAAACAUUGUUUCUUCUUUUUCGUUUGAAAGAAGCUGAGGUUUGUUUUUGCUGUUUGAGUGUUCCUUUGGCAACUUAUUAUGUGUGAAAUGUUAAAUUUUACCGAUUAAGAUGAUGGUAACUGAGACCUUUCUUUAAACCAGUAGCAACAUCAGUACAAAUUGCUCUUCCUGUGUAUCUUGAACCUAAAAAGAACAAUCUCUUCAAAAACAAAAACAAAAACAAAAAACAACUCUUUGGUCAUUUUGACCUGUGUGGUUUAAAUUCAAAUAGUUCAUGAAUAAAAGGAGAAAAGCCAAUCUGUUAUAGUGGAUUAUUUUGGGUUCUUUCUGCUUCACUCUUUUCUGAGAGCACAGGAAGCUAACAGCCCUGCAAAUGGUGUCUCUUCCUCUUCCCACAGAUAAGAUUGUAGCUGUGCAAGGAAAAUUGUGCAGAAAUAAACCUAGAAAACAAAACCAACCAACAACCCUUUCAGCUGUCCUACGGCUUCAGAUAAAUGUUAGCUAACACCAAGCAGAAAUAGAUUUCUGUGUACGAAGUCUUUGUGAGAACAGGAGAAGUUUUGUGUUGUACAGCAUAAGAAAUUCUGAGGGUGGGGUUGAGGGGGCGGUGCAAAAAGCUGAUUUUCUUAUAAAGACAUUCAGAAGGGUCGCUGAAUUUCCAGGAAGAAGUUUCUAACACAUGUAACUCUACGUGUUCAGAACUUGGGUGAUCUAUAAUUCUGCGUUCCAUAAAACCCAACGCUGAAUUGUAUUAGGUUGUUUCCUCCUGUUCUGGUUUUAAGGCCAUUCCUACCUAUUUCAUCACUGAUUUAACUGACUAUAAAUAAGUCCUUUAAAUUCUCUAGCUGGCUUGGAUACUAGUUGAAUUGUGACAUAGCACAUUUUUUAAAAGUUGACCCUACAGCAGUAUGUCUUUGCCUUUUUAAAACUAGUAUGCCCCAUUUUUGAAGAACAUAAAAUCGUAUGCCCUUUUCUUGGUUGUUAUUUGAAGUUUUAAAAAUAAGUUAAGGCUGGAUGUGGUGGCUCACACCUGUAAUCCCAGUGCUUUGGGAGGCUGAGGCAGGAGGAUUGCUUGCAUCCAGAAGUUCAAGACCAGCCUGAGCAACAUAGUGAGACCUUGUCUUUACAAAAAAUAAAUCAGCCAGGCAUGGUGGCACAUGCUUAUGGUCCCGGGUAUUUGGGAGGCUGAGGCAGGAGGAUCUCUUGAGUCCAGGAGGCCAAGGCUGCAGUGAGCCAUGAUCGUGCCACUGCACUCCAGUCUGGGUGACAGAGUGAGACCCUGUCUUAAAAAUAAAAAGAAAAGUUAAAUGCCAUUAAAAACAAAUGCAAUAAUUAACUUUCCCAACUAUACCUAGUUCUCUCCAAGUCUGAUGAGGGCCCCUCACACAGACCAGAGAGUGGAUGGAAUCACUAGUAGAAAACAUGUAACUAUUACCUAUUUAACCAUGGUUAGUAGCCAGCAUAAUCAAGGCAAUACUUUAUUCUCAAAUAUUUAGUUUUUCUUCUUGUUACAGAAGUAAUACUUGUUAAUGCAGAAAAUUCAGCAAGGAAAGAAAAACACAAAGGAAAUAAAAUCACUUAAUGGAGAUGUUCUUCUACACAAAAAUAAACGUUUUGAUGCACUUCA